CUGCCGUACGGUCACCAUGGGCGGGCGGGUCCGGGGCCUGGGGCUCCACAGCACCAGGGCUCCGGAAGGAGAUUUAGGUCCUACGUGGACAGGUCGAGCUCCCUGCCCAGCCAGACUCAGCGGACAAAUGGGGGCCUGGGAGGCAGGGCGGACCUGGGGUUCUAAGCCCAGAGCAUGUUCCAGAUCCCAGAGUUUGAGCAGAGUGAGCAGGAAGACUCCAGACCUGCAGAUAGGGGCCUGGGCCCCAGCCCCACGGGGGACCAGCCCCCAGGCCUCAGCAAGCACCGGUGUACGGCCUCAGGCCUCCUGGGGGAAGCUGGUCAUCAGCAGGGGCAGCCAGCCAGCAGCAGCCACAAUGGAGGCGCCGGGUCUGUGGAGCCCAGGAGUCGCCACAGCUCGUACCCCGCCGGGAACGAGGAGGAUGAAGAGCCAGAGGAGGAGGAGCCCAGCCCCUUCCGGGGACGCUCACGUUCAGCGCCUCCCAACCUCUGGGCUGCACAGCGCUAUGGCCGUGAGCUCCGGAGGAUGAGCGAUGAGUUCGAGGGUUCCUUCAAGGGACUUCCUCGCCCGAAAAGCGCGGGCACAGCGACGCAGAUGCGGCAAAACUCCAGCUGGACGCACAUCUUCCAGUCCUGGUGGGAUCGGAACUUGGGAAGAGGAGGCUCCGCCCCCUCCCAAUGACCUUGCGUCCCACUUCCGGAAGCUCUCCCCGUUCGCGCCUCUGUUGUCAGCCAUCUUGGGUGUGGGCGGAAGUCGUUUCCGCAGGCCUAUGCAAAAAGAGGAUCAGGUCUGUCCCUUUCAGAAAGAGGGGGUUUGAACCAGAGCCCAAUUUCCUUCCGGUGUGUGCAGGGACCACCGAGGAUUCGGCCCCAUCGGAUAUUUUGAAGUUAUUCUGCCCUUAGCUACCGGAAGUAGCCCCCUGACCCGCCCCAGGCGCCUGCGCCAGGUGAGAGUCGGAAUAACCCUAACUUCAACAGAACCUUUUCCUCUGAGGUGACCCUGGGGGCCGAUGAUCGCCACUAAAAAUGCUAAUAAAGCCCGCGUCUGUGCCGCCGA